UUUCAUAACGCGUUGACUUUACUCGAACAUGCAGUUUCGCCGCCAGUAUUGUUAGAGUAUAUCGCCUGAAAAUACACUGAAAUGGGCGGGUUCGACUGCUUUGAGUCUUCAUGCCUCGCGCCCACCACUGGGGUAGCACCCCAGACCUUCGCGUCAGCCCUGCAAUUCUUCACAGCAGCGCAAUGCUUUAUAGAUAUUCCAACUAUCCCUGAGGCUUAUCUCUGCGAUUUCGAAGAAUUCGACUUCAUAAUUAUCGGUGCUGGGGGCGCAGGAUGUCCACUGGCCAAUAGACUUAGUGAAAUACGCCACUGGAAAAUACUUCUUAUAGAAGCUGGUGAUGAUCCUCCUGUUGAAAGCUAUAUCCCAGGUUUCAGCAAGAAUUUUUACCGCACUAAGUACGAUUGGAAUUAUCAAAGCAUUGACAAUCGAAACACAAGUCAGGCUAUCAAAGAUGGUUCCACAUAUUUGCCGAGAGGUAAAAUGGUUGGUGGUUCUACGGGUAUAAACGCUAUGUUUUAUAUAAGGGGCGUCAAAAGUGAUUACCAAAAGUGGUACGACCUAGGGAACUUAGACUGGUCUCCAAGCGUUGUAGAAAAAUACUUCCAUAAACUAGAAAAUUUACAAAACCAGGAACUAUUGAACAAUCCAACUAUCAGCGCGAACUACGGCCAUGAUGGCCCAGUAAUUGUUAAUAAAUUUAAUAAUAGUUACGGAUAUAUCAAUGAUAAUAUUUUCCGUUCUUGGGAAGAGAUCGGUAUCCCGAACGUCUUAGAUAUAAAUACAGCUGGUGGCGGAUCUGGUAAAACAACUGUAACGGCUUCUAAUGGAAGGCGUCGUAGCGCAUCUACAGUUUACCUACCACCUGAAGUUGUUAACAGACCAAAUCUGAGUAUUAUAAAAAACGCAUUAGCCACGAAGAUCAUGAUCAACCAAGAAACAAAAACGGCUUACGGAGUUGAAGUGGAUCAUAAAGGCGUUAAGAAGACUUUCUACGCAAAACGUGAAGUAAUUCUUAGUGCGGGAGCAAUCAAUUCUCCCCAGCUUCUAUUGUUGUCUGGUGUGGGCCCUAAAGAAGAAUUGGAGGCUCAUAAUAUAGAAUGUAUUUACGAUUCUCCUGCUGUAGGAAAAAAUAUGGAGGAUCAUAUAACCAUCAACGUGCCUGUGUUUUCUAACUAUCCCGGUGAAAGGAAUCAAGCAGACGCUCACUUUGAUGUCAUAAAAUAUUUAUAUAAUCGUACUGGGUAUUUGGCACAAGGUGCCUUUUCUGACGUAUUAACAUUUUUCCCAUUAUCAGAAGAGACUCAUCCAGAAUUCGAGGUUUUAGUCUCACUAUAUUGGAAAAAUUCAACAACACUUCGUGACACUCUCUCCGCUCAGUAUAGAUAUAAACAAGAGGUUUUAGACUCCUUCGUGGUUCCAAAUGAAAAAUACGCAUUAUACGUAUUCACAGUAAUAGUCUUACAUCCCAUAUCAACUGGUUCUGUAUUCUUAAAGAGUAAUAAUCCGAAAGAUAAACCACUAUUCGAUUCAAACUUCUAUAGUGUACCUGAAGAUUUGCCGAAAAUAGCACAGGGUUUGAAGAAAGUUGCCGAAAUAGUAAAUGCCAAAUAUUACAAGUCUAAUGGUGCAUUCUUAGGAAGAAUAAAUUGGAAAGAUUGCAACGAUUAUGAGUUGAACAGUGACGAAUACUGGGAGUGUAUCGCGUUACACACUGGCGUAACCGAUUAUCACAAUGUUGGUACUUGCAGGAUGGGACCAGACCCAAGCACUUCAGUGGUAGCUAGUGAUUUAAAAGUCCAUGGAAUAAAUAAUCUUCGUGUAAUAGACGCUGGUGUUAUGCCUGGUCAAUUGAGCGCUAAUCCUAUGGCUACAGUGUACAUGAUCGCUGAAAGAUCUAGUGAUUUGAUCAAACAAUACCAUAGAGAGUUAGAGUAAAAUAUUUCCAAGUUUAAGUUUGGUCGGUACACGCGUGACUCUCCUGAUCGGGUGCUGCUUGUGUGGACCAAAAUUACACCUAAUUUGCAUUUAUUGUUAGUACUUAUUAAAUUUUGAUGCGAUAAAUAAAUUGUAUCAUUCCAAUGAAACUUGCCUACAUUAAUACAAUAAAUCAAUUGUAUUUUUCUGUAUGAGUUAUAUCAUAUUUUGUUUAUUACUGAGAAUCAAUUACGUUUAAAUACAUUUAUAUAGAAAAUAAAAGUUAUUUGGGAGUACAAAAUUAUGCUCUAAAAAUCAAAUGAAACUGUGUACAAAAUCGUUUUGAAAAGAGUAAUAAAAUUAUGGAAUCUUCAUAAUAUUAAACAUUUUAUGUGUUCAUUAAAUUA